UUGAUCUCUCAAUCCGAGCGACAGGUCUUCAUCACAGUUGCCGACGAAUUCCGGAAUGAGGUUUCGGAGGCGUGGCUGGAACGCGCCUUAUUGGUUGCGCUGGACUAUGCCCUGGAACCCGGUGAACCCGGGCAGAUCAGUCUCCUGUUAACCGGCGAUGCCACCAUACAGGAGUUAAAUCGCACUUACCGGGGAUUGGAUGAAGUCACCGACGUCCUCUCAUUUUCACUCAUUCACCAUGGCCAGUGGGAAGGCGACGAGGGCCCGUUUAUAGGUCCGGACUCAAUUCUCGACCUUGGCCUGGAUGAUGACUGGGCCGACUUCGUACUACCCCCCAACGAAUUGCCGCCCCUGGGUGAAGUUAUCAUCUCCUACCCCCAGACCUGCCGCCAGGCUGCGGCAUUGGAACGCCCGGUGGAACAGGAAUUGGCCCUGCUGAUGAUCCACGGCGCGCUGCACCUGGUCGGGCACGACCACGCAGAACCGGAAGAAACGGCAACUAUGCAAGCAUUGGAACGGGCUGCGCUGGCUGAAUUGUUCGGGCAGGAGCACGUCGCGACGACGCUGCGCCAGGCCAUCAAGCUAGGGCGGGUGUCCCACUCCUACCUCUUCUGCGGGCCGCGAGGCACGGGCAAGACUACCACCGCCCGCAUCGUCGCCAAGGCGGUCAACUGCCUCGAUCCCCAGGACGGCGAUCCAUGCAACCAAUGUGCAAUUUGCACCUCGAUAAACGAGGAACGGUUCAUGGACACCAUCGAAAUGGAUGCCGCCAGCAACCGGGGAAUCGAGGACAUCCGCGAUAUCCGGGACAAGGUGAACUUUGCCCCGUCAGAGGGACGCCGCAAGGUCUACAUCAUUGACGAAGCGCACAUGCUGACCGAUCAGGCCUCCAAUGCUUUCCUGAAGACGCUGGAGGAACCACCGUCCCACGUGAUCUUUAUCCUCUGCACCACCGAAGCUAACCGGAUCUUGCCCACCAUCGUCUCCCGCUGUCAGCGCUUUGACUUCCGACGUCUGCCCUCGGAUCGCAUUUACCAGAGGUUGGCUGAAAUAACGGAAGGUGAAGGGGCUUCAGUGGCUCCAGAUGCGUUGCGACUGGUAGCACGCUAUGCCGCCGGCAGCCUGCGGGACGCCGAGAAUCUGCUGGAACAGUUGGUCGUCUCCUACGGUGGCGAUGUAACACUGGUCCAGGUCGAGGAAUUGCUGGGGCUGGGCCAUGGCGACCGUUGGCUGGACUUGGUCAAGUACCUGCUGAUGGGCAACACGUCGGCCUCGUUGGAGAUAAUCAACCAGGCAGCCUGGGAUGGAGCCGACUUGCGGCAGAUGCACCGCCAGGCCCAGGAAUUGCUCAGGGCGGCCAUGCUGCUGGAAUGGGGCGCCGCCGACGCUUUGGAACUUCCCGAGCACGUGACCGGCCAACUCAAGGAGUUGUAG